AAACUCCUUUCAGGAAGUAGUGCGUUGAAUUACAUUUGCCGACUGAAAAUCCUCCUCAUGACCAGCUGCACCUGAGAUUCGCACAAAUAACUCUUUUAUUCAGACAGUGCUCUCAUGGCUGGCAGAAGAGUCGUGGUCUUCCCCUCCUCAGCGGAGGUCGGACCGGUGCUGGCCCAUCUGGUGACAUCUCGGGCCGAGAAGGCCAUCGCCUCUCGUGGCAGGUUCACCCUGGGGCUCUCUGGAGGAAGCCUCGUGUCCAUGCUCAGCAAAGAGCUGCUCGCCCUGCCACAGCUGGACUGCAGCAAGUGGAUGGUUGGUUUCUGUGACGAGCGAUUGGUUUCCUUUGAUGAUCCAGAGAGCACCUACGGGCUGUAUAAGAAUCAGUUGUUUUCCAAGGUCAACAUCCCUGAAAGUGGGAUCCUAACCAUUGAUCCCUCUCUGCCAGUCAGCGAGUGUGCUGAGCAUUACACCCGCAAACUGAAGGAGGCCUUCCCAGAUGAUGACUUCCCUGUGUUUGACUUAUUACUGCUGGGGAUGGGGCCUGAUGGACACACCUGUUCCCUCUUCCCAGACCACCCUCUCCUGGAGGAAACCAAGAAGAUUGUGGCCCCCAUCAGUGACUCUCCCAAACCACCACCACAGCGUGUAACUAUGACUUUUCCGGUGGUGAACUCUGCACGCUGUGUGGCUUUUGUAUCAACAGGAGGAAGCAAAGCACCCGUUUUGAAGGAGGUGCUGGAGGGUAGAGAGGGUCCAGCGUUUCCAGCAGCCCGUGUUGUCCCGACCAAUGGCGAGCUGUUCUGGCUUGUUGAUGACCCCGCAGCUGCCUCCCUAACUAUCCAGGUAGAGAGGCUAGGCUCAGGGGCCAAACUGUAGAGCUUUUUCAACACUGGUGUGAAAACAUGAAUGAAGAGACUAGAAAGUAGCGCAGAACAUUCCUAUUUUCAUAUGAAAGUGUAAUUGGUUUACACAGGAGAUAUAGUGACAUAGGCUAUGGAGACAUUCGUUGUAAUUUCCAGCGUAAGAAUUAGCACUCAUUAGAAGUUGGAUUGUGUCUGUGUGCGUGCACCUUAGUGUGUGUGUGUGUCAGAGGUUUAGAUUUAUUCAGGUAUGGUUUGAAGUCCCCCUACACAAUAUGUUUUGCCUGUGUUAAUUCAGAUGGAUGACCUUCACUGUCCUGAAUAAUUAAUAUUUGACAUUAAAAGUCAGUUGUGGUUCAGUUGUGCAACAUACACAAGAGUAAUGUAGAAACUUGCAGUGCACAUAAACUGAGAAUUAAGGUUGUCCGAUGUCUGAUGCUUUUUUUUCUGUGGAAAAACCAUAUCAGAUAAAAGCAUUAUUAGCAGAGUAUUUCUCAACGUCUUAGAACAUGUCUGGAUUGGUCCAUUUUCUUGGCUGUGAAUUUUUGGGAAACUUGAUCUUCAUAACACAUUUACUUUGACAGUCCAUCUGAAUCAUACUAAAUCAAUAUAGGCUACUGCAAAGCUGUUUGUUCUGCUCCUCAGCUCUGAGUUGCGUUCACACCCCUUGUAAACUAUAACGUCUCACCCUUAAGACUGAAAAUCUGCAGUCAUUUGGAACUUGGGCGCAUCUAACAACCAUCCAUAAAACGUAUUUUCAU